AUGUCCAUGUUGCCGUGUUUUACACAAUCAUCAAACUUAUUAACGGCCCCAGAAUCUGAAUUACAGGCCAAAUAUGAUGCCUCCGUUAGGCGCUGGUUAGCCGCCAAGCGGGUCACGAAAGCCGCCGAGUGGGAAAGGGAUAAUAAAGAGAACUUGGCAGCACGAAAACCAUACGACACCAGAGAAUCGCAUUUUGCUUGGGCAGAAUAUUGGAAGUCAGAUAUCAUUUUUGUUGAAGUUUUUAACGAAGAACGUGCUGCAGAGUGUAAAAAAUGUGAAGCCGCCGCAAAUUUAAUGAUCCACCAACAUGGUGCUGAUUCCGAUGCAGCGCAGAUUGCAAUGUGCCGCGCAGAACUAAUCCGAACAGGCGGUAUUCUCCUUGAUGGUAUGCAAUGUUUGUCGACAUGGUACAAGUGGAGAGCUAAAGUUAUGUGUAUGUUCCAUGGAAUAAUGGCGAACGCCAUGGAUUCGGAAGCUGCUGAUUCAGAUAGACUCGUUUUACAUCGUAUGAUGGUUUCAAACUGUAUUUCUUCGGUAAGAAAUGAAUUUGAAGAUUUUAUAAGAGUAGAAUCCAAUGGUGAAGCUUUUUGUAGAGCUCGGGUAGCUGCCGUUGCAGCACUGGAUAGUUGGGAAAAAACAGGUGAUCGUACUGAUUGGGAUAAGGCCAAACCAAAGUAUGAUACCGAAUUGGAAAAAUGGAAUGCGUUUAAACCUAAAGGCGAUCAAAAUGUGAAAGAGUUAGAGGUAAAGAUUGGUAAAUACGUUAAAAAUCAUCCAGCAUCGUUUUCCAUUGUUCAUGAACUUACACAAUUCCGAAUUCAGGUACUCGAGACCGAUGUUGAGCAAAAGAGUGAGCAGAUCCGUGGAUUAAGGGGGGAAGUAGGGCAAAGAGAGAAAAGGAUUCAAGCGCUGGAAAGUGAAGUGGAGUGUAGGGACGGAGCAAUUUGUGCACUGAAGAACGAAAUAAAUCAAAAGGGCAUGAGAAUUCAAAUGCUUGAGGAUAAAGUUCAACGGAAUGGUGACAAAAUCCAUUUGUUUCAGGACACGAUUCAUCAGAAGGACAGUCAAAUGCACUCGCUUGAUUGGGACGUCAGGCAAAAAGCCGUUCGAAUCCAACUGCUCGAAGGUGAAAUAGAGCGACAACGUAAAAAAUUCUGUGAUCUUGAAAGCGAACAGCUUGAAAAAAACAAGGAAAUUGAAAAAAAAAUUAUGGAACUUGAGAGUGCUCUUGAGGAGAAGGAUAAAAGAAUCCGUGCACUUGAAGAGGAUAUGCUAGAACAAACCAGUAGGUUUAGGCCAGGUAAAGCAAACCACAUCCCUGAAGGAUCUACACAGCAAAGAUGGAGUAUUAAACCCAAAACCAUGUCGCGCGACUUACAACAACAGUCGCUAUCGACUCAUUUUUACACGAUCUAG